AUGGGUUUGGAUUUGGCUACAGUCAAUGUAAUUCAGUUAGGAGUUGGUUUUUUCUUCAAUUUUUUUGCUUUUAACUCUCAAGGCUUUAUCGAGGAACCUGUGAUUGAUAGUCUUGCGGACCGCGGUAGCAUUGGAAAGCAUUCUGGAUAUUACAGUUUAUCCAUUAUAUAUGCUGUUUUUACACUUGCUAACUUUGUGGCGGCACCUCUGGUAGAAAUUUUAAAGCCAAAAUGGGCAAUGGUCAUAGGUGGUCUAUGUUAUGCUGCCUUCCAAGCUGGGUUCCUGUGGUUGAACCAAACAUAUCUUUUUAUAUCUAGUGGCUUAUUAGGUUUCGGUGCCGCCAUACUAUGGACCGGUCAAGGAACAUAUCUUUCCCAGAACUGCACGGAGAAGACAACUGGACGUAACAGUGCUAUGUUAUGGGCAUUAUCUCAAGCAUCAUUAGCUGGUGGUGGAAUUUUUCUUUUUAUAGUAUUCCAUCAAUCUUCUACUACCGAUAACAUUUCUGACUCAACAGUCCAUUUAUUAUAUGCUUGUUUUACAAUCCUUACACUCGUGGCUGUUUUUAUCCUGGCCCUUCUCAGAACACCACCUAAACUUGAUAAGCCAGUACAACCUAUAGUUGGUUAUGGGGAACUCAUGGUUUCGACCUUCAAGCUGAUGCUUACUAAGAAAAUGGUUCUUCUGGCAUUUGUUUUUGCCUAUACAGGGGUUGAACAGUCUUUCUGGACAGGUAUUUAUCCAACCUGUAUCUCGUUCACUCAACGAUUAGGAAAAAACACAAACUCUCUAUUAGCUCUGAAUUCAAUUGCAGCAGGUCUGGGAUCAAUGCUUGCUGGACUCUUGUUCGGAAUUUUGGGAGAUAGGACACGCAAAAUCGGGCGAGACUCUAUUGUUUUUCUUGGAUGCUGUAUUCAUUUACUGGUAUUCGUAGGAGUUUACAUCAAUUUCCCUGCCGAUGCUUCGUUGCACAAGACAAACGCCACAGGGAUCAUUGAACCAAACGUGAUUCUUGCUUUGAUAUGUGGAGGGUUCUUAGGGUUUGGGGACGCAUGUUGGAAUACUCAGAUUUAUUCUUUGCUCUGUGACAUUUAUCCAACGAAAAGUAGUCAAGCUUUCGCUUUAUUCAAGUUUUAUCAAUCUGCUCUAUCCUGUGCUGCCUUCUUCUAUUCAUCCAUGAUUUAUUUAACAACACAUUUAGCGAUUUUGGUGGUGACUUCUCUAAUAGCAGCAGUCUGUUAUUUCGGUGUGGAGAGGAUGGCGCGAGAGAUACCUGAAGAGACAUCGACUCCCAGCAGUAUAGUUGCUAACUUGACUGAUAGGGAGUACAGUGAGCCUUUCCCUGAACCACCAGAGGAUGCUCAAUUUGGGAGAACUUACCUUUAA